UCUGCACCGUGCACCCGCCAUGCGCCAUAUAUCUGGCGGGUGCAUAUGGCGCGAUGCCUUCUGGUGGGGCGCUUUCAAUGAAGAUUUUCAUGUCGACUAGACUUCAUAAUUAUACCAGUAUGCUGUUUCUGUAGUUUUCUGACAAAACUGUCCGUAAUGUCAUGUCGUUUUGAUACUCCCUGACCAAAUCUUUCAUCACCUGCUAGCGUGCUUGUGUGUUGUAGCGUAGAGUGUAGUGUGACUUGCCAACUCGAUUGCAUUGCAGUAUAAUUAUUUGUGCAGUAAGCUCGAGCCCCCGAAGGUCAAGCGAGCUACGUAAAACCGCGAGAGAUAGAAGGUGGGGCUAGGCUAGCUAUGUGAACUGGCACGAAAGCAACAUAAGAAGUAUUAGUGUUCAUGCGAGGUGCCCGUGCACAUCUUCAUAGUGAGGCAUCGAGAUCAAGAAUGGCGUUGUUCUCGCGGACUGAAAUGAAGAAGUCGUGAAUCUACCUCCUAACAGUCCUGGCCCAGUGGAGGCGUGUGCUGGUAGACUAGAUCUAGAGCAGUAGAGGCUCAAUCUCGAGAGACGCAACGAUGCAAGAGCAAGGCUGCGUUCUGUGCACGCACCGCGCACGAUAAGUAGCCGCUCGUAUCCCCCACAUUCGCUACUAGAACGGCAGUAAGUGGUGGAGCGACGCGAUCGUUGAACGCUGCGAUUCCGAACUCGAGGCCGACUAAAAUGACGACGAAAUCUCUAUUGGAUCUCCUGACUCUGGCGCUCGGCAGAGCAGAUCAAACACGAGUUACACAGCCUCAGCCGUCGGAGCUCGACAAGCUGGUUACGGUGGCGACGUUACUGGCCCAGGGCAGUCAAGAUGCUGCGAGCAGCUCUGGAGCAAGCAGUGGCGGCCACGGUGGGCAUGUGCAGUCAUCGGAUUCAAGCACGUAUGCCCACGGUGUUGACCUAGGCACCCUCUCCAGCUCUGGCAUUCUCAGCAAUGAAGGCCAGUCGUCUCCGCUAAUUCAAGGAACUGCUAGUUGCAGCCAGGCGGGCGGUGGUCAAUCAACAAUGGCUAUGGCGUCGUCUACUGGCUCUAGUAAUCAGCUGUCAGUGCAGGACCCAGCUGCGUACAAUACAUUACAGAGUCUUCUUUCGCAGCUGCAGCACCGCCAAACAAUGGAGCAAAGCAGCCAGCAACACCAAUCACAACAGAUACAACAGCAGCAGCAACUGCAGCAACUGCAACAGCAGCAGCAGCAGCAACAACUGCAGCCUCAGCAGCAGCUGCAGCAGCUCGCGCAGCAGAUACACCAGCACCGUCCCCUGACCCUGCAGGCGGCGCCGGCGGCUAUGCCACGUGUUGCAACUAACCAGCUGCCGUUCCCGCUGCUGCAUAUGGCCGCACCGCCCGUCGCUGCGUCCAGUGCUACGAGCGUGCCUCCUGCUAUUCUGGCACCCCUCGUGUCGGUGGCAUCCGGUGGCGCACCGCUGUCGCUCAAUCCGUACGCCGGCCAUCCGCUUGGUGCAGCCUUCCCGCCAAACAUGGCUCUGCUCCAGCCCAUAGCACAGCCAGCCACUGCCAUGCAACCCUUCAUACAGGCAGCACAGCCACUAGGAAACGACCUGAUCAUCAAGCUAGAGAAACUUGCCAGUCAGCCGGCCAGCAACACGGAGACCGUGGCGCCAGUCGCUAUAGCCAGUAACCCACCGCCGCUGCAACCACUGCAAAUCCCGCAAUUAACACCUUCUGCAUCUACGGUGAAAAGUGCGUUGACCCAGCCACCAGCACGUCGCCCGUCAACGCCUGUAUCCAUGGCUUCGGUGGCGGAAGCCACGGAGCAGGAGCCGACCGCUGCGAGUGCCCAGCAGGAGGUGGAACCCGCCCGACUACCGUCACGCAGCAAGCCAGGACCUGCCAAGCUGAGUCGGUCAGCGGCUGCGUGUGCCAGUUCCUUGACGGCUGCGGAGAAGAUCUCUAAAAGACGCAAAGGCAAGACAAAAAGGAACCCGUCUCACAAUGUGAUAGAAGCACGCUAUCGUUUGAGUAUCAAUGACAAAAUCAAGGAGCUGAGAAAACGUGUGGCAGGAAAAGACACAAAGAUCCAGAAGUCCGGCGUGCUCCAGCUCACGCUAGAGCGGCUAAAGGCAGUUGAUGAUGAAAACGACACCUUACGGCAGGAAAAUGCAAGCUUGAGGAAUGCUCAUGAAGCAAUUGUUGGUCAGAUCCAUGCGAUGAGUUCUCAGCUGCAAGCCAAGGGUAUCCCGAUGGAUGCAAGUAUGAUGGAGGUGUGCCAUGUUCCGGAGCUACAGCUGAAUAGGGCUUCUUCAACAGUGGCCGUAUCACACUGUUCACCUCAUAGGAAUGUAACCGGCACCAGUACUUCACGCCGCACGAUCAAGAGCGAAGGUAGCGAUGUUGAUGUUGAGGAGGAUGAUGAUGAUGAGGAGGAGGAUGACGACGACGACGACGACGACGAUGAUGGUGACGACGAGGGCGGUGAGAGCGAUGGUUGACUGCCUAAAUGUCCCCUAAAAGCCUACGGUCAGUGACCUCCAGUAGAUGUGCUAUGCUAUGCAUUUGCAAACCAGGUCCGCUGUCAACUCAAAGAGUCGCGUGAAUCCAUGUCCACCGAAACACAUCACAUGUGUUCAUGCUAGGAUGGUGUCCCAUGUCACUGUUAUGUAGCUGCUCCGGGUCUUGCACUGCAGUUGAUGCAGUGUGUGCAUGCAUGUUUGAAUGUGCGCGUAUGUGUGUUUGCGUGUGAGCUGACACUGUACUGGUAUAGUGUUACCUGCAGACUACACGAAUAGCGCUGUAGCCAGUGCAGUUGACUGGUAUUCCACCGUGCCGGUCUCUAUCCAAUAGCUCUGCAUUGAAAUCCAUAUCCAGUACGUGUCGCCAUAAUGCUGCUACCUGCAGCGCAGUCACUGCAGCCAAGGGGCCAGCCCAGUCUCGAAGAGACCAGCCCAGUGAUGCGUACCUCAGUACUAUAUCUGUUUCAGUGAUGCUUGCCUAAAGUGACAGCCAAUGAAAUCUGGACUGAAGAACAAAUCGGCAAUCAGCAGCGGCACCUUACCCAAUGCUCGCUUGUCUAAAGGCUAUACAGCUUGGCCCGCACCCGUAACUCGCUCACGAAGACAGACUUCAUUGAGUGGCACUGGUCUUGUACUUGUAUCAGUUUUGAAGAUUUUUUCCGUUUUUAUGACCAGGCAUGACUUGAGUUUUUUUUGUAAUCCCUGUUUAAACUCUCCUCAGCAUUAUUUCAGUCUUGUCAGGCUGACAUGACGCUGCUUGAUGAAGUUGAGCUGUAAUUAGAUAUACUCUGGAAUGUUUUGCCUGAUAGCCCAUCCACCUUGGCGAUGCACACAAGCUCAUGCAGAACACAUCAAAGCAUAAAUGUCCGUAUCAAAGCACACUAUUCCCUACCUGGAUCGUUUUAGUCCAUCAUUUAUCGGUCAUAAUUAUAUAAUCAAAUGAACUAGUAUCAAUACCAGAGUCGCAGGCUAGCGCUGCACCGUUCACGGUACUCAUUUUAGCCUCAUGCGUAGUAUUUAUUAUUCACUACAGUUAAUUAAAACUCUCCUCAGUUCCUCA